AUGUCAAACUUAACAAAUAAUAAUAACUCAACUCCAAUAUCAUCACCAUCAACUUUGAAUUCCAAAAAAUUAACUCCAUCCUAUUAUGGUUAUGUGGGGUCAACAAAAGAUGCUUUAUUAAUUAUUCAACAAAUAUUAAAUAAACAACUUCAUUUAAUUCCCAGAAGACCUCAUGAACGUGAAAGGUCAAGUUUAAUUAAAUCAGGUAAUGUGUUUGUUUUCAUUGAAGAGAACUCUGGUAUAAAACGUUGGACUGAUGGUAUUGCAUGGUCUCCUUCAAGAAUUUUAGGUUGUUUUUUAGUUUAUCGUGAAUUAGAUAAACAAUCAUUAAAUGAAAAAGAUGAUCAUAAAAAGAAGAAAAAGAGAAAAGUUAGUAUAACAAAAGAAUCAAUUGAUACUAGUAAUGAUGAUGAUGAUCAUAUUAAUAAUAAUAAUAGAAUAACUAGUAAUUUGACAUCAAAUAAUAACAAUAUUAUACCUCCUGCACAAAAUGUAAUUACACAAGAUUCAAAUUCAAAUUUAUUAACAUCCAAUACAUCAACAUUACUAAAUAAUAAUUCAUCAUCAUCAUCCACGACCAACACAUCUACGUCAACUUUGAUUCCACCAAAUACCAUACCUGCUUCAAAUUCUUAUUCAAGUUCAGAUUGUAAUAAAAAUUUAUUAAGUGGUCCAUUGGUGACAUCUUAUGUUUUUAAAGAUCAAGGUUUAAUUAAAAAAACUUUAUCAGUUACUACAACUACAAAAGAUUUACAUUUGGAAAAUAAAUAUGAUAAACAAACCGUUCAUUUAAUUAGUUAUUAUAAUGCAGAAGAUGUUAUGAAUGGUAAAUUACAACGUCCAUCAGAAGGUGAUUUGAAAAACAUUCAGAUUUCACCAAGUUUAUGGAAUGCUGUUAAAGAUAGUUCAUUGGGUGGCAAAAUACCAAUUGAAGAUGAAGCUUUUUACUUUUUGGAUGGUAAUUAUCAAUUACAAAAUAUGUCAUUAUUACAAUCAAAUCAAGCUCAACCACCACAACCAACACAACAACCACCACAACAACCACAGCCACAACCACAAACAAUUAGUUAUCCAAACAAAUAUCAAAACAAUACACCAGCUUCACUGCAACAUGGUUAUGUUUUACCAAUACCUAAUAAUCAUCAACAACCACAAGAUUUAUCUCUCAAAAGAGAUGAUGAUUCAAAUCAAGAACUAACAUUUAACAAUCCAUUUACUGGAACUCAAUUGCCAAAUUCUGCACCUGGUUAUUUACCAUCAAGUUCAUCUCAUCAAAAUCCGUCAAUCACAAGUCAAUAUUUACCACAAUCCCAGCCUCAACAAUAUAAUCAAUAUAUCCAAUCAAGUUUAAUACCACCUCAAGUCAAUCAAUCAUCAGAAGCAGCUUAUCAGUCACAUUAUCCUCAUUAUCCUUCUCAGUAUCAAUAUCCAUAUCCACAAUACCAUUAUAAUUCAACAUCAUUACCUUCAUCACAAGAUCAACAAUAUGCAUUGAGCAAUAAUAAUAAUAGUGGAUCAAUUUCUUCAAUCAAUAGUACAAUUUAUCACUCAAAUAGUUCUGGUCAGAAUAGUUUAACUACUGUACCAACAAUUAGCUCAACAAAUUCAAUUAAUACAAAUAAUAAUAAUAAUAAUAAUAAUAAUAAUAAUAAUAAUAAUAAUAAUGGUAGAAAAUUAACUUUGAACAGAAGUUCAAUAUCAUCCAAUCCAACUUCAACAACAACAAUUGGUGGUGGCGGAAAUUGGUAUGCUCCAAAUUCAACAAGUGGUUAUAAUAAUUCCGAUUAUGAACAUAUUCAACAACAACCUCAUAUUCCGCCUCACCCUACAAAUUUUCAACAUCAUCACCAUUAUAAUCCUACAAAUCAAUCAAAUACAAAUGAUGAGAAUAUAUACUAA